AAAGACAGGAAAUCUAUGUUAUAAGCCUUGUAGUAAGAGAUAAAACAUCUUAGUUCGUAGAAAAGUCGAAAACAUGUUGGUUAUCCUGUCUUUGUUGUUUCAUGUUUCUCAUCUUUCAUCGUGCGAAACUGCGAGGGGAGAGUGGUAAGGCGGCCAUAAUCAAACAAAAGUGUUUUUAAGAAAAUGAAGGACAUUUGACGCCUUAAUUUCGUUUUUAAGUCAUUUUAGUGGCGAUUGUUAAAAAAAGGUAUACAGAUGAGCGCUAAAUUAGAUGUAAACAGACGUGUCUUAGCUAUUCAAGCUAAAAAGAAGAGACACAAGCCUGCAAAAAAGAAAGGCAAAAACGACAUGAACGGCCACGGAGGAGAAAAUCGGCACAAUUCAAAGGCAGAACCUUCUCAUAGCUCGAGUAAUGAAACGAUCGCUGAUCCCGAUGAACCUUAUACGAGCGAAGAAGAGGAACAAGAGGAUAGCACCGAUUAUCGCAAAGGAGGUUACCAUCCUGUCAAAAUUGGCGACCUGUUUCUCGGAAGGUAUCAUGUAACGAGGAAACUGGGUUGGGGUCAUUUCUCUACUGUGUGGUUGUGCUGGGAUCUCGACGAUAAAAGAUUCGUCGCUCUGAAAAUCGUAAAAUCCGCCGAUCAUUUCACCGAAACCGCUUUGGAUGAAAUUAAAAUUCUCAAAGCUGUUCGUGAGUCCGACCCCAAUGAUCCCAAACGCAAUAAAACCGUUCAGCUCCUUAACGAUUUCAAAAUUAGCGGCGUUAAUGGGGUGCAUGUUUGCAUGGUUUUUGAAGUUUUAGGCCACCACUUGUUAAAAUUAAUCAUAAAGUCCAAUUAUCGGGGGAUUCCUUUGGCAAAUGUUCGUACUAUAAUGAAACAGGUACUGGAGGGUUUGGACUAUCUACACACCAAAUGUAAAAUUAUUCACACUGAUAUUAAACCAGAAAAUGUUUUACUCUGUAUAUCAGAAGAAGCAAUUAGGAGAUUGGCGUGUGAAGCAGCCGAAAUGCAUCAAUUAGGUAUGAAACUUCCUACUUCCUUAAUCAGUACUGCCCCAAUUAUAGAAACCAAGUUGAGUAAAAACAAGAAGAAAAAACUGAAAAAGAAGGCCAAAAGACAAAAUGAAUUGUUAAAGAAACAGAUGGAACAAAUUAUUGAAAUUGAAGAACAGAAGAAGGGGAAGGAAAAUGGAGAUAUAAUUGAAAUUAGCGAUGUAAAUGUUAAUGGUGAUACUGAGUUCAAUGGUACUUCUCCAUCUCACAGUCCAGAAACUACUCCCGAAACAGAGGUCAAACUCGACAACGGUUGCAUCGAUGAUCUUGGGGGCGGCGAGGCACCAAGAGAAGCGGCGCCUCAAGAUGACAGUCCAUUAACUGAACACAUGUCUGAAGACGAUUCUAUGCCAUUGAAUUCCAAUCAAGAGAAACGAGACCUCGAUCCGACCUUUGUAGCCUUCGUAGAGUGUACUUUUGAUGUGAAAAUCGCCGAUCUUGGAAACGCUUGUUGGGUGGACAAACAUUUUACCGAGGACAUCCAGACAAGGCAGUACAGAUCUUUGGAAGUACUGUUAGGAGCAGGUUACAACACUUCAGCUGAUAUCUGGAGUACGGCUUGUAUGGCCUUUGAAUUGGCCACCGGCGAUUACCUAUUCGAGCCCCAUUCCGGUGAAGACUUUUGCAGGGACGAAGACCACCUUGCCCACAUCAUAGAACUAUUAGGAAACAUACCCAGGAAGAUAGCCCAAAGCGGUAAAAACUCGAAAUUGUUCUUCAACAAAAAGAAUGAGCUUCGUCACAUAACCAAUUUAAAACCGUGGUGCAUGGAGGAUGUUCUGAUGGAGAAGUACGAUUGGAGUAGGCAGGAUGCAGAGGAAUUUGCAGCUUUUUUAAAGCCUAUGCUCGAUUUUGAUGCAAACAAAAGAGCCACAGCUGCCGAUUGUCUAACACACCCAUGGUUAAAUAUUAAAUGAGCCAAAGCUCUCUAGGUGACUGAUUCGUAUAAUUUUUGCUUACAUUUUGGCAUAAUAGUGCAAAAUUACAUUUCUCAGAAUUAAUUGAUGCAUUAUGUCCAAAACAUCCGUUUUUAAUUUAUUAAUUGGUUCGACUGGGCCCUCAUUUAAUGUACAUAGCAUUUGUAAUAGAAAAAUUGUGAUGUAUGUGUUUUAUAGACAAUAUAAAUGUCCUCCUUAGGAUUCUGUUUUAUUACUGUCUGUCUGUUUAUGGGCGAUGAUUAAAUAGCAGUCUAUCCAAACAAAAAAGUAACAAAACAUAACUAAAUAAUACUCGAAAUGUCUAAUUAAUAACUGUAUAUUAGAAUAGGUUUAUGAUAAAUGGCUACAUAUUUUUUUAACUUCUGACUUUCUUGAAAAUAUUUUAUUUACUUUUUUAUUACUUCUGUACUGCAGGUCAUUUGAACUACUUCAGUGAAUUAAAUAAUUUAGUUCAUUUGAAUUACUUCAAUUGAGUAUUUCAUUUGAACUACUUCAUUCAGCAAAUUAA